CAAGAAGUCCGUCGAGGCGAAGUCGCACCAGAGACUCUCGGGAGCUGACCGUAAGAAGCUGAGGAGAACUCUUAGAGAGCGGUUCCCUCGCGGUUCCGAUCUCGAAUUCGACACUUUACUCCCUCCCAAGAAGAGAUGAUAUCAUCUUCAUCGUUGUUAUCUCUCAAACGACCAAUGUCACUUAUAUCAGUAAACAAGUUCUCACGUUAUUUUACUUUAUUUGUAGCUUUGGUAUUCAAGGACUGUAUAAUCUCCUCAUGGACAUGAGGGGGGCACUUUGUACACUGCUUCACAUUUUUAUGGCCCUCAGCAAGGUAGAGAUCACACUUUCAAAGUUUCAAAAUCGAGUCCUCAUAUAUUGUGUAGAAGGUGGUUUACCUAUGUUUUUUGACAUUGAUGGACGAGGUACAGAGAUAUUUCCCACAGUUUUUGCUCUGUGGAAAGUUCCUGAUCUACUACCGUCUUUUAUGCUGAAGGGGGGUGAGGUCUCGCGAUUUGUAAUUGGUGGGGCAGAUUUGAUGUUUCCUGGUAUAAGCAUACCGUUUGAAGGUCUACCAUCAUUUUUAUCUGGAGAACCAUGGGCUAUAAAAGUACCAGGCAAUCCAGCACCUAUUGCAGUUGGUUCUACCACUAUGAGCAGCACUGAAGCAGUAAAAGCUGGUUUGCGUGGAAAGGCUCUAAGGAUAACUCACUCUUAUCGUGACUUACUUUGGGAAUCAAUUGAGGGCCGUUAUGUGCCCAAUGCAGGUUUUUUGGAAGAUGUGGUCCUUGCAGAUCCUGCUUUUUGGUCAACACGUCAAGUUUCUGAUUCAUGUGGAGGCAUUGCUGAGAGUUCAAAUGAUGUAGCAACUGGAGAGUGGAGAACAGUUGAUGUAAAAGAUAUCAUUUCUGAACCUAAUCCUGCUUCAGUUACACAAAAUGAUAAUCAGGGUAAUGCAACCAUGCUAGCAACAGCAGGUGUAAAUGAUUUGAAAGUAAAAGAAAAUUUGGAGGUUGAUGAAUCAAAUGUGGAGCAGCAUGUUCUAUCCACCGAGGAUGUGGAUGCUCAUUUGGACAAAUGCCUUCUACAAGCUUUGCAUUCUACAGUGAAGGAUAAAGACCUCCCAAUACCUGGAAGCACAUUGUGGUCGAACCAUGUAUUACCAUGUAGGCCUUCAGGUAUCAUGCUGGAUAUUAAGAAAUCAUCGCAUAAGAAACUUUCUAAAUGGUUGCAAGCAAAAGCUUCUUCUGGACUGAUUUCUGUGAAAGAAGAUAAAUAUAAUAAGGAAGUGGUAUUGUUUUCUGUCAACCGCAAUCAUCUGGACUACAUUUCCUUCAAGCUUGAGAAACGGCAUGUAGAGAAAGCCAAUCAGGCACUUGAUAGUGCUGCUACUGAUAGUCGAUCUCAAAAAUUCCUAGAAGUGGCAGAAAUUUAUAAACCAAGUGUGCAUGUUAACUCUGUUUUCACCGCUGUUGGUGCUGACAUUGGACAACUUUACAGUGCCUCUGAAGCCAGUGAGGUGGUUUUCAAGUACGUCGAUAAAGAAAAUUUGGUUAAGCCUACUAAUAAAUCCAUUGUCAUUUUGGAUCCAACUUUAUGUGAUGCAUUGUUCAAGGGAGCCAUUAAGAAAGGAACAACAUACCCAACAGAGAUACAUAAGAAAGAUUUAGGAUCAACAUUUGUAAGCCGGAUGCAGGCCCACCAUGUUGUGACCCGAGGAAACGAGUCAAUUGUUCGUAAAGGUGCUCUGGGAGCAAUUCAGAUAGUAACAGAACGGCGGCAAGGAAACAAGAAGGUGACAAAAGUUUCAGGUCUGGAAUCGUUCUUGAUAAAUGCUGAAGCAUUAGCAUCAGAACUGCAAAAAAAGUUUGCUUGCAGUACAUCAGUGGCAGAAUUACCUGGUAAAAAAGGGCAUGAGGUUCUUAUUCAGGGUGGUGUGAUUGAUGAUGUGGCCAAACAUCUAGUUGAACAAUUUGGCAUUCCGAAGAUAUACAUUGAGGUUCUUGAUAAAACCAGGAAAUGAGAUGGUAAAUGGUUAGUGCUUAUUGCAUUUCUUAUUGUGCGGAGCCUGUUCUUGUUGAUCGUCCAUUGGAAGCAUAUAUGUGGUCAUAUACAUAUUGAUUUUUCUUCGGUUCUUGUCAUACCAAAAUUUGAUUUGUUGUCCUGAGGAUGACUAUUUAGCUUGUCAAAUUGCAGUUGGGAAACCUGGGUAUAUGCAGAUCUGUUUUAAGUUUGGUGUUAUUUCUCAUUAUAAGUGUGCUGUAAUUUAUUUUGGCAAACCUUGAUCGAAUGAGAAAAUUAUAUAAAUUGUUACAAAUUUUAACAUGUAAUAAAUUUCCGUUUCUUUGA